UAGGCACCAGGUGGAUGUGGUGAGAGGUUCCAGGUUAGAGCCAAGGAGCUCAGUAUCCUCUUGGGCUGAAGAGGGCCAGAAAGGUGAUAAGGCCUUGUUUGUGUAUGUUUGUGGGAUCUGAGUUUCUCAUGAACAAUAAUCACUGCCAGGCCUCCCCAGCUGGAACCAGAACAGACACAGGGUCAGGGCAUGCUGCCUGCUGGGCAGGUAUAAGAGGCAGGUAGGAAAGUCUGGAGCCAAUUAAAGCAGAGAUGCCAUCCACCUACCAGCAGACCAGGCUGUAGAGCAGAAGCUGUUGCAGGCAGACCUCCAGAUGGUCAGGGCUGGCUCUGGAUGUGGCCUGUUGUCUAGAGGAUCAGGGAAAUCUGUUAAGGAAAAGAUCAGUCUGGACAGACUAGAGAAGAUCCUAUAUGCCAGAACACAGCAGGGGCUGAGGACCCACAGCAGGCCGCUGGGCUCAGAUAGGAAGAUGAAAAGCCACUGGCGUUACAUUAGGCUGUCCAGUCAGGUGGAGGACAUUCCGUCUGCAAAAGAAAGUGAUGAAGAGGAAGAGGAGAAGGCAGCCCCAGUUUCACCUAUGGCUUCUGAAGAUGCCAUGGAGCCUCAGCUGACAGAAGCCAGUCAGGUUCUGGGAGCCUCAGAAAUUAGGCAGCUCAGCCUUCACCUCCCUGCAAGAAUCACUGGACAUUCCUGGAGUUUGGCCUUCUGCACAUGGAGGGAUGGCUUCAGUUUGCAAAACCUGUACAGGCAAAUGGAGGGUCACAAUGGGCCAGCGCUGCUGGUGCUAAGGGACCAGGAUGGGCAGAUAUUUGGGGCCUUCUCCUCUUCAACUAUUCGACUCAGCAAAAGCUUCUAUGGUACUGGAGAGACAUUCCUCUUCUCCUUCUCCCCACAGCUCAAGGUCUUUAAGUGGACAGGAAGAAACUCUUUCUUCGUGAAAGGAGACUUGGAUUCACUGAUGAUAGGCAGUGGCAGUGGCCAGUUUGGACUGUGGUUGGAUGGAGAUUUGUAUCACGGGGGAAGCCAUCCCUGUGCGACCUUUAACAAUGAGGUACUGGCGCGGCAGGAACAUUUCUGCAUCAAGGAGCUGGAGGCCUGGGUUCUGAGCUGAUGCCGCAUGGCGGACAGCUUCCUGAGGCCAAAGGUGGUCAGAUCUUCUCAUGGAUGUAUUAAAAGCAACACACCCAGCCUAAAAACGGAUGGCCAAAUGUCCUAGUGUUGCCUGUGGCUUUGAGCUAACCUCUUAAUAGUCUGGAGACAAAAGACAGGCCUGGGUCAGGCACUGCUCUCUAGAAGAGAUAACUAUGAAGGAAGGAAAAGGAACUUACGUCUCACCCUGAGCAGUGCAAAGUCCCUCAUGGCAACUGUAUUUUAAGAAAUUAUACAGAUACUUGAUCUCACUCAUAUGUGGACUAUAAGAAAACAAAGGAACAGACCAAUCAAUCCAAAGUUAACCCAUGGAUCUGAACCACAGGAGGCUGCUGGAGGCAGAAGGUGGAGGGUAUCCAAUGAUGGUGGGAGAGGGAACUUUGGUGGUGGGCAUGGUGUGAGAACUUUUGAAGAGGUGUGACAAAGCACUUCUGAAAUAUGUAUAAUAAUGUAAAACAAUGUUAUCUAAAAGAUUGUAAAAAAGAAAAAAAUGAUACAAUGAAUACAUGUUUAUUAUUGAAAAGACAAACAAAAUUAAAUUUCUGCCCUUGAAACGCUAA